AUGGCAUCAUCCAGUGAUUUACUAGGAGCUCCAAUCAUCUCAUAUACCUCAUUGCGUGUUGAUAAUCUUCACCCUGAUGUUAACGAGGCUAUGUUAUUCGACAAAUUUGCAAGUGUCGGGCCAAUUUCAUCAAUUCGAGUCUUUCGUAAUAUAAUUACACGACGAUCACUUGGCUAUGCUGAAGUCAAUUUUCAACUAGCAGCUGAUGCUGAAUAUGCAUUCGAUACAAUGAAUUUUGAUUUACUUCAUGGUCGUCCAUUACGUAUUAUGCGGUGUCAACGUGAUUCAGCAUUAUGUAAAUCGGAUAUUACCAAAGUUUUUAUUGAAAAUUUAGAUGAAAGAAUUGAUGAUAAAUUACUUUAUGAUACAUUUUCGGCUUUUGGCAAUGUCUUAUCGUGCAAAAUCAUGACAGAUGAAAAUAAUCAAUCAAAAGGUUAUGGUUUCGUUCAUUUCGAAACACAAGAUGCAGCAGAUAAUGCUAUUCAAAAAGUCAAUGGUAUGUCGUUAGCUGACAAAAAAGUUCAUGUUAGUCGUUUGAUGUCAUCUAAUCAACAAGUCGACGUUGAUGGAGCACGUCAAUUGACGAAUAUAUUUAUUAAUAAUUUCGGUGAUCAAUUAGAUGAAGAAAAAUUACGUGAAAUUUUAUCAAAACAUGGAAAAGUUUUAAGUUGUAAAAUUGAAUAUGAUGAAAGUGGACAUUCAAAAGGUUUUGCUUUUUGUAGUUUUGAAAAUCCAAAAGAAGCUGAAGAAGCUGUUCAAAAUUUAAAUGGAUAUUCAAUUGGAGAUAAACAACUUUGGGUUGGUCGUUUUCAAACGAAAAGUGAACAAUUAUCAGAAAUAACACGUAAAAAAGAUUUACAACGACAGGAACGUAUGAAUAAAUAUCAAAAUGUUAAUUUAUACAAUUUAUACAUUAGCAAUUUGGAUGAUACUAUUGAUGAUGAACGAUUAAAAAAAGAAUUUUCAAAAUUUGGAACAAUAACUAGUGCUAAAGUUAUGGCAGAAAAUGGUCGAUCAAGAGGUUUUGGUUUCGUUUCUUUUAGUACAACGGAUGAAGCAGCAAAAGCUAUUACUGAAAUGAAUGGUUCUUUUGUCGGUUCUAAACCACU